AUGAGCGGCGGGGCCGAGGAGGAGGCGGCGGCGGUGGCGGCGGCUGGGGCUGAGGCUGAGGCCGAGCGGCGGGUCCGCAUCGUGGUGGAGUAUUGCGAGCCCUGCGGCUUUGAGCCCACGUACCAGGAGCUGGCGAGCGCCGUGAAGGAGGAGUACCCCGACAUCGAGAUCGAGUCCAGGCUGGGGGGCACAGGUGCCUUCGAGAUAGAGAUCAACGGGCAGCUGGUCUUUUCCAAGCUGGAGAACGGAGGUUUUCCCUACGAGAAGGACCUGAUCGAAGCGAUUCGCAGAGCGAGGAAUGGGGAACCGCUGGAGAAGAUCACCAACAGCCGCCCCCCCUGCGUCAUCCUGUAGCCCUGCACCCAGCUGGGAUCUCCCAGUGCCCUCGGCGUCCCCCCGCUUUGCUCCUUACUGCCUUCGUUAGCUUCCUGUAUGACUGGGGAUGGCGGGGGAGACCGGGGAUGUCGAAGGAAUGCGAGAGCGUAAGGAGCCUCCUAGGGAAUGCCACCACUGCAGCACUGGGGGCGAGAGCUGGGAUGGGCAGAGCUGUGGUACUGGUGUCACUGAGCCGGCUGUGCUGGGGGGGGCAGUUCUGGCCCAUCUCUUUGGGUCGUGUGCCUGACCUGCUGUGGGGUGUAGCUGCGGCCUGGCGUGGCUCCCCUGCCUGCCUUUGCCUUCCCCCUUCCUCUGCAUUUGCCUCCCCCCAUGCCCAGCAGUGCAGGGGGGUUCUCCUCUCCCUCAGCCUCUGGGGAUUUGGGGGCCCCCCAUGAACGCUCUGCCCAGCCCUUGGGGGAGCCAGGUUGCACAUUGAAGGGAACUUUGCAGCUCCAGACCUUCCAGCAGGUUAAUGCAGAGAAAAAAACCACUCGCUGUAAACUUUAGCGUGAUUUGUUAAUGAUUAAAGUCUCUCCUGUCACUGUUUAAACCAGUGCAAGGGCAGCGGGGACCGGCUGCCCCGGCUGGGCAUGGGAACCCCGGCUUGGCUCCGUCCCCACGGCCAAGAGGUUUAUUUAACGGCUGUGAGCUUCCCCCACCUCCCCGUUCUCAGGCUGUUGGCUCUGGCUUUCCACUUGUAAUGACUCUGCCCUUCGCCACGGGGUGGCUGAGUUGGCGGAGGGGUCCCCUAUUUAUUCUAUACUGUGUAUAAAC